AUGAAAUCCUUUUUUCCUUUAUGGACUGCCAUUAUAGUAGCAAUAGCAGCCACAACAGCAGUUAUGCGGGUGGUGGAUGCUGCUGUCGAGAAGGAGGAGGGGGAGGAAGAAGAAACUAUGAAUGGUGUGCAGUGGGCCUAUCUCAUCAUUGCGGAUGGUGUUCUUUUACUCUUCGCAGCCUUAUUCGCAGGAUUAACACUUGCAAUCAUGGGACUUGACACACUUUCUCUCGAGAUUAUUGCCGAUAGUGGGUCUGAACCAGAUAAAACAUAUGCAAGUAAAAUUUUACCUAUACGUCGGUUAGGUAAUCAAUUACUAUGUACAUUAAUUCUUGGUAAUGUCAUGGUCAAUACUUUAAUUGCACAAAUUACAGAUUCUCAUAUUCAUGGUUGGGUAGCUACUAUUGUAUCAACAGCUUUAACUACAGUUGGGGGUGAAGUACUUCCUCAAGCACUAAUGUCUGCUCAUGCACUUCAGGUUGGAUCUAAAAGCGUUCCUAUUGUAAAGUUUUUUGUACUAUUAUUUUAUCCAGUUUGUAAACCACUUAGUGUGGUUUUAGACCGUUUUAUUGGAACAGAUCCUGGACAAAUUUAUGAACGAAAUGAACUUAAAAAACUCAUGUUUAUGCAUGCUGCACGAGGAUCUGAAUCCGGUCUUGGUGAACGAGAAGUAGAUCUCAUGAUGGGAGCAAUGGAACUUCAUGAAAAAACAGUAAUGGAUGUUUUAAGACCUAUUUCAGGAGUCCUUAUGCUUGAAGCGAGUGAACCACUUAAUGAAGAAACUAUACAAUUAAUUUCUGAACGUGGUCAUAGUCGUAUUCCUAUUUACCAAGGAGAUAAAAAUAAUAUUAUUGGGGUUCUUUUUGCUAAAGAUUUAUUAAUGGUUGAUCCUCGUGAAAAUACUCCUGUUUUAUUACUAGUAAAAUUUUAUAAUAGAAGGUGUCAUAUAGUUCCAUCCGAGACGAAACUUAUAUCUAUGCUUAAUUAUUUUCAAACAGGAAAGUCACAUAUGGCAUUGGUUCAAGAAGUACAACAACGACCAUAUGGUGAUCCAUAUUAUGAAGUAAAAGGACUUGUUACAAUGGAAGAUGUUAUUGAAGAACUUAUUCAUAGCGAAAUAUUUGAUGAAUAUGAUACUGAUCCUCAACUUUCUUUCCCUGCACCUCAAAUUCCAAUGAAAAGACAAGUCGGUCUAACCCCAAAGUGUUCUCGUAGAAUUAAUAUGAGUGCAAAUCAACUAAAGGCAUCUGCGUUAUUUCUCUGGGAAUCAUUACCAGAUUUAAACCGAUACUCACGAGGUGCAGGAUCGGUAUUAUCACAAGCUAUUAGUCUACAUGGAGCUGUUUAUAGGGUUCAUCCACCACCAGAUGCACGUGGACUUGAUCAAGAAGACAAAGCAAAUAUUUGGCUUUAUCGUUCUGGUAUGCCUUCUGACGUAUUUACGUUGGUUGUCACAGGUAAAGUAGAAGUUUUUGCAGGAAAAGAAGAAAUACGAAUGGAGUUACCCUCAUGGUCUAUAUUAGCUGCUGAUGCACUCACAAAUCAGUUAUAUAUCCCUAAUUUUAGCUGUCGAGUUGUACAGGACAGCGUUCUUUUACAAAUUACACGUACAUCCUACCAGGAUAUUCUGGCAAUGCUGCCUGGUAGCUGUUGUGUUAGCAGUAGUGGAGACCCAUUGCCUCUUGGUACUAAUGGGAAUUAG